ACGCGGGCAGUGAUGCCGUAGUCAAGGAGACCGCAGUAGCAGACAACCAACACUCCGACCAUUCGACAACAAAAUAUAUAAGUUCGUCGGAGUGUCCUGUCUCGUUUUUUCCGUUACGGUAGUUUGGCUGUCGCGUGGUCUCCUGGGUGACGGGCACGGCUGUUCCUUGAACGGGAAAAGAUCGACCGAAAUACGUGGGGGAACACGUUCGGACGCGCAAGUGCGCCCGGGCGUCGUAUUAGAGUACACGCCAUUCAUGAAGACAGAUCCUACCCUCCAGAAACGGGGAGGUAGCAGUGGUGGUGAUACCGUGGGAGUAGAGAGAGCCGAAGGAGUGAUCACCAUGACUACGACAGGAGCCCAGUAUGCCCUCGCAGCAUCCACCAGAACUAAUAACGGUGGGGGUGGCUCUACAACAGUGGGGGUGGAACCUAAGCCAAGCGUCGUUGUCGUGACUACUUCCAGUUCAAGUGGCAGUGGCAGUGCGGCACAGAGUCAGUCCACCAGGGGCCAGCAACUCAUCACUGUCGUCACCAGCCCUGAUCCUUCCAGUCCAAACAACUUGCAACCCAUCCAGUUAUUGGUUCAGGAUCCGCUUGAAGCAGCUGCAGACUCUUCCAACGGCUCGACAGGUACCCCAGCACACGUCACAGCACAAGUUGUAGUGAACACUACCCACUCUGGUCAGCACACCCUUGUGGAUUCAGACACUGCGUCCACAUCAGCUGGCACUAUCGUCAGUGGUUCUCCGCAUUUUAUUACUGUAACAGGCACCAGUGAUUCACCAUCUUACGCGUCUCUCACGACGGCAGUAGUGUCAGGGGAACCAGAGGCAGUGGGGUCCGAGUCAGUUUCUCAUCCCACUUAUGUUCAGUACGUUGAGGGGGAUGGGUCCACGUAUAUACCGACAAAUGGUCAGAUGACAUAUCCUGUGUACGCUGUUGGAGAAGCAGGAGCAAUGUACACUCCUGCUUCCAGUCAGUAUUACACACCAGCGUCCACUCCAGUGACAUACACACAGGUCACUGGACAAGGAUCGAAUUCGACAACAGGACAGUUACUAUCUCAGGGCAACGGCACAUACUUAAUCCAACAAAGUGUAGUGGACGGAGACCCUACAGCACACGCGCUGAUAUCCGCAGCUGCACGUGCCAGUCCACAGACAGAAAAUGCUGAAACUGUGGUUAGCGGGGGUGGAGGGGCAUACUUGAUCAGCGGUAAUUCAGGAGGUACUCCCGUCACCGUGGAAGAUGCUGCAGCCGCUGCAGCAAACAUGACGCAUGCCACUAGAGUUUCUCAAGCCACAGUCCACUGGCUGCUUGAAAAUUACGAAACAGCAGACGGUGUCUCCCUUCCAAGAUCAACUCUCUACAACCAUUACUUACGUCAUUGUUCUGAGAAUAAAUUGGAUCCUGUAAACGCAGCGAGUUUUGGAAAAUUAAUACGUUCCGUCUUCUUGGGUUUGAGGACUAGACGCUUAGGCACAAGAGGAAAUUCCAAGUAUCACUACUAUGGUAUUCGCGUGAAACCCAGCUCGCCUUUAGUAAUGCUAAACGAGGAUGGAACGCCUCGUCAGCAGCAAAGUGCAAACUCCCAAACGAAACGAUUCAAGUUUGUGAAUCAAAAGCAAGACACCACGUACGAAAACAACACCCAUUCGAAUACAAAUAUAUCUUCGAACACUUCACCGCCGCAGUAUCAUCAAUACCUCGGUGAAGCAAGCGGAGCCAUUCCUGAAUUCCCUGAGAUAAUAGUCGGGCACGGCUCGUCCCUCCCCGAAGAUUGCACAUUGGAAGAUAUCGACACGUUCCGUAGCAUAUACAGAGAACACUGCGAAGCUUUCCUCGAUGCUGUCCUAAAUUUCGAAUUCGCUACCGUUGAGAGCCUCUGGAGGGAAUUUUGGCGCAGCCAGGACAAUAAUAACGGCGACGAGUGCGAGGAAGAAAAAUAUUUAUCCAAAACCAAAUUGUAUCAGAUGUGCAAGUGCUCCGAAGUCCAAGAUUUCAUUAGGAAGGUGGACUAUACAUUUUACCAAAACUUGGUGGAAGUACUAAUGCCUAAUGUACUGAGACCCAUACCAAGUUCACUGACGCAGUCCAUCAGAAACUUUGCGAAAGGAUUGGAGUCAUGGCUAACAUCAGCAAUGGCUGACUGUCCAGAGGAAAUGACUCAGAUAAAGUUAACCGCUGUAUCUGCGUUUGCCCAGACACUAAGGCGUUACACGUCCCUGAAUCACCUCGCUCAAGCAGCUCGCGCGGUUCUACAAAAUUCUAGUCAAAUAAAUCAAAUGCUGGCCGACUUGAAUCGCGUCGACUUCCACAAUGUUCAAGAACAGGCUUCUUGGGUGUGUCAAUGCGACUACACGAUGGUGCAACGGCUGGAAGCGGAUUUCAAAGUGACUCUACAGCAGCAAAAUUCUUUGGAGGAUUGGGCGAUCUGGCUGAAAAGCGUCGUGACGCAGGUCCUUAAACCGUUCGAAGAAAAACCUACGUUUGCAAAGGCUGCCCGGCAAUUUUUGCUCAAGUGGUCUUUCUACAGUUCCAUGGUGAUUCGCGACCUCACCCUAAGAAGCGCAGCCAGCUUCGGAUCGUUUCAUCUUAUUCGAUUGUUGUACGACGAAUACAUGUUCUACUUGAUCGAGCAUCAAGUGGCUGUCGCCACGGGAACGACUCCUAUAGCUGUAAUGGGAGAUAAAAGUCAAAACUGCUCGUUGGUCAGCGCGUUCGGCGCAACAUCCAACGGAGAUGCAUCAAACACGAGUCAAUCAAAGCGUAUGAAGCUAAGCUAACUGCGUGCCUACGCCCUUUAGUUUCGCGAGUAAGUCGUUAGCACCUGAGAACGGAACGUUAGCACAAGAGCAUGGCAGGCCUACUAACACGCUAGUCCCAUAAAUUAUAAUUUUUCUAUGAGACGAGAACCUCGUACUACGACUCCGGAAAGAGGAUUUUUGCAUAACGCCCAGGAUGUAUACAAUCUAAGUAAGUUUUGUGUGAUAUAAACGCGUAGGAAUACGUAACCGGAGCCUUGCUUCGCGCGAGCAAGCGCAAGGUAUCGCUGGCACGAUGUUUAGUACGUUAAUGUAUCAUCUAGUCGAGACGUCAUUGAGAAAAUAUACGGGACCAUGAAUUUCUCAUGCCCUUAUAGCAUCGAUAUCAAAAGGUUUACUCGAUCGAAUCUCUUGUUUCCUUGAAUUUUUACUGUUGGAAGAAUUCGAUGCCUUACGUCGACGCUUUGCACUCAAAGAGCCUCGCGGUUCUAUUAUCGCGCAACAAAUGAAAUAAUUCAGCGACCAUUUUACGGAAUGACUUUAUUAUUUCGUUAUUUUAUUCGAUGGAAUUAACUCGGCGUCGCUGAAGUGCAAAGAGUCAACGAGUUAUUGAUUUGUUAACAGACCAUCCAAAUUCAUGUUAUGUUUCGUGUUUUCUUCUUUUUUUAAACGUUUAAUACGCUGUAGAGUCGAGUGAGCUUAAAAUAGCGAACGUCAGUUUGUGCAAAAGAAAAACUAUUCAUAUCGACGGAUUCUAUUUUGCACAAUU